UUUGUUGGUAGUUGCAUUGUGGGAGACAUGAUUGACACGGGCGCCAUUUUGCUCCCCGCGCUUCCUUCCAUUGUGUACGAGAUAGUAAAUAUCUGACACUGCAACAACACGCUCGAGUCACUGCGAGGAAACUAGGCUUCAAAUCCCCUUGGUUGAUACUCAGUGGUAAUGGCUCGUACCAAGCAAACCGCCCGUAAGUCCACAGGAGGAAAGGCUCCUCGUAAGCAGCUGGCCACUAAGGCUGCUCGUAAAAGUGCCCCCUCGACCGGUGGUGUUAAAAAGCCCCACCGUUACAGGCCCGGUACCGUGGCUCUGAGGGAGAUUCGUCGGUACCAGAAGUCCACAGAGCUGCUGAUCCGUAAACUGCCCUUCCAGCGCUUGGUCAGAGAGAUUGCGCAGGACUUCAAAACUGACCUGCGUUUUCAGAGCGCUGCCAUUGGUGCUCUGCAGGAAGCCAGUGAGGCAUACUUGGUGGGACUGUUUGAGGACACCAACCUGUGUGCCAUCCACGCCAAGAGGGUCACCAUCAUGCCCAAGGACAUCCAGCUGGCCCGCCGAAUCCGUGGAGAGCGUGCUUAGAAAGCACCUUUUUUUUUUUUACAUUUGUUCCCUUUUUCUUUCUUGACCUAUCCUCACUCCCAUCUCCGCUUGUCAGUAGAUUCUUAAAAGGUAGAUUUACUUUAUGUCGAUGUCUGCUCUCUGAUGUUUCAUCGUCUUCACCAAAUCUUUUAGGGUACCUUUUUCGUGCACUUCCACGGUGUUGAAGAUCAGACGAACAUGGGCAUGCAUAUUUGCCCAUGCUGGCUUUUAGGGGGCGGGGCGUAUCCAGACACCACCAGUCACACCUUUGGGUCCACGUGGAUUCCUGGGCUGCAGAGGGGCUAGUCUGCUUAAGGGGAGCUGCAACUUCCACAGCAGGGUGCUAUUAAAACUAGCCCCAACACUUCUGCCCUGUCUUACACCCGCAUAGUCCGUUGUCAGACCCCCCCCCCCCCCCCCUAACUUCUCAAAGCACAACUCUGCCUCUGAAAUGUGUGCAGCCAGUCAGUUUGUGUGCAUGUGUGAACUCUGAUCUUUUCAACCAGCUGUAAUCAAUAAGCAAAAUAUCUUAGGGUUAUUGUGCUUAUGGUUUUUUGUUUUACUCAUCAAUAUCACAAAUGAUCCCUUCCACUUACAGAAUCAAAGCAUGAAAACUCCAACAUGGUGAAGGUGUUUUUUUUUCUUCUUCCUUCUCAGUUUUCAAAAUUUUCAGCUUUUAGUCAUUUGAAAAUCGGGACAGGGCUUCUGUCCAUCAUUAAUAGUUGUAUUUGCAAAAUGCAGCCACUAUGGGGCGACGUUUUACCAGCAGUCGUUGCCUCGUGGGCAAACCAUAGUUUGGGGUUUUCGCAUCUCUCACUUCUCUAUCCCUUUCUCCAAGUUUGUAAUACACACUAUAAUCUCAUUGCUUUAUUUUAUAUUUUUAGUAAAUACUCAAGGGUUUCAAAUGUAUGAAUAAGCUGAUCUUUGUAUUUUCCAAAUUUCUCAUAUUGUAGCAUUAAAUAUAUGUCAAAAAGAAA